AUGACUGUAGUUGGGGAUAUCAUUGAUGCACGUUCUUGGCACACAGCUGUUUUAGCUCCAGAUGGUAAAGUUAUAAUAUACGGAGGUGCUAACAUGAGUGAUGCAAUGUCAAGGCCAGCUAUGGUCUUGUUAGAUACAAACAGUAGUUCAUAUUCUUGGUCAAUUCCUAAAAUUCCACCCAAUUCACCUCCACCACUAAUGAGACAUUCUGCUAAUUUGGUUGGAAAUUACAUGAUAGUGGCCUUUGGGUCAUUAAGUUUGUUCACACAAUCAUCUAGUGAAAUCUAUUUAUUUGAUACCCAUACAUAUACUUGGGUAACAAGAUUUGACCAACAAUCCAACUCUUCUACUACCACAAACAGUAUAAGUGUAGGUGCUACUCUAGGUGCCAUUAUUUUAAUAGGUGCAGUGGCAUUUUUGAGUUAUCAUUAUUAUAAAAAGAAAAAAUUUAAAAAUGUUUACCUUACACCAGGUAGUAAUAUGACAAAUUAG